AUUGCUGGGUUUCAGUCACGUGAUGAUUAUGACGCGGCCAGGGGGCGCGAUUUCAGAUGGAGGGCAGGAAGUCUAUGAAGCCAGCGUAAACAUGGAGGACACCGUUACUGAGAGCCCGUAUUGUAUGGAGUUAGAGCCUAUAUCAAGACAUAGAUACAAGGAGUUAAUUAAUAGAUAUGUUGGACGUGACCCGUACCUCAUGAAGAUGUGUGAAUUUUCGGUGGACCUUAAAGAUUUGCCGACAGUGGAGGCCGUUGAUAUAACAAACUAUCUGGUCCUUCAGACAUCGUUCUACACUAAACAGCAAAUGAAGGCCUAUAAAAGUAUGGAGGCAUAUAACUUCUUUGUCUGCGGGUGGGUCCACAACCUCGGCACCAAACGUCUCCACGACGAUAAUACUUUAGUCUUCGCCAGGGUAAACCACUCUCAGCGUUCAAGCAAAACACCUCUGAAGACGUGGAUUAUUGCGAAGAAGGAUGGAGAAGUCAUUGCAGCUCAUUGCAAUUGCAUGGCAGGUUAUGGAUGCAAACAUGAGGCACAAGCCAGAGGAGCAUAUGAGAAGCUGAUGGGUCGGGAGCAUGCAGGCUUCUCCUGUAUGGACAGUGGUCUCUGGCUGAACCCCAAGUGGCCAUACAUGGGAUCCUCUCCUGAUGGGAUUGUCGCUUGUGACUGUCACGGAACUGGCAUCUGCGAAAUGAAGUGUCCAUACUCUUACCAAGAUGAAGCCAAUCUACGUUUGUGUGCUGGGAGAAAGGGCUUCUGCCUUAUCAACGAUGGGGAUCAUGUCAUGCUGGACCGGAGUCAUGAUUACUACUUCCAAGUUCAGGCACAGCUUCACAUUGUAGAUGCAGAGUACUGUGACUUUGUUGUGUGGAACCGCAAUGACAUUUUUGUGGAAAGGAUUUUGCCUGAAUUUGAACUUUGGGAUGAUGUACUGGACUGA